AGCGCCGCGUCAGGGUAUAAAAGCCGCGUGGACGAUGUUGGCGCAGAUUGAGUCAGCUCUGAGUUUGUGGAAGAUUACAUGCGAUAUCCCGCGCGACCCCGCAUCCCUUUGCCGGCCGGGACAGCCUUUGCUACAGCCUGUGAAACAUUGCGUCCCCGAGCCCCACGCCUGAGGGCGACAUGAACCCGCUGGCUUCGCGAGCAGUCCGGACCCACGAUCGCUUUUGGCAACCAGAACCGGCGCUUCAGCCCCCGGGGUGACGUGCAGCCCGCCGCCCAGACACAUGGCCCCGAGCCCAAGACCCCAGCAUGUCCUGCACUGGAGGGACGCCCACAACUUCUAUCUCCUGUCCCCACUGAUGGGCUUGCUCAGUCGGGCCUGGAGCCGCCUGAGGGGCCCAGAAGUCCCAGAGGCAUGGCUGGCAAAAACAGUAACAGGAGCAGAUCAGAUAGAAGCUGCGGCUCUGCUGACACCUACCCCUGUCUCUGGUAACCUCCUCCCUCAUGGGGAGACUGAAGAAAGUGGAUCUCCUGAACAGAGUCAAGCAGCCCAGAGGCUCUGCCUUGUGGAAGCUGAAAGUUCCCCUCCUGAAACUUGGGGACUUUCAAAUGUUGAUGAGUACAAUGCAAAGCCAGGACAAGAUGACCUUAGAGAGAAGGAAAUGGAACGCACAGCUGGCAAGGCCACACUACAGCCCGCUGGCCUGCAAGGGGCUGAUAAGAGGCUUGGGGAGGUGGUGGCUAGAGAAGAGGGAGUGGCUGAGCCCGCUUAUCCCACAUCACAGCUGGAGGGUGGUCCAGCUGAGAAUGAAGAGGAUGGAGAAACAGUGAAGACUUACCAAGCUUCUGCUGCUUCCAUAGCUCCGGGAUACAAACCCAGCACCCCUGUGCCUUUCUUGGGGGAGGCAGAACAUCAAGCCACGGAAGAAAAAGGAACAGAAAACAAGGCUGACCCCUCCAACUCUCCUUCUUCAGGCUCCCACUCCAGAGCCUGGGAGUACUACUCUAGAGAGAAGCCUAAGCAGGAGGGAGAAGCCAAGGUAGAGGCACACAGGGCAGGGCAGGGUCACCCUUGUCGGAAUGCUGAGGCUGAGGAAGGAGGACCUGAGACAACUUUUGUCUGUACUGGAAAUGCCUUCCUGAAGGCCUGGGUGUAUCGCCCAGGAGAGGACACAGAGGAAGAAGACAACAGCGAUUCGGAUUCAGCUGAGGAAGACACAGCUCAGACCGGUGCCACCCCCCAUACAAGUGCCUUCCUGAAGGCCUGGGUGUAUCGCCCAGGAGAGGACACAGAGGAAGAAGACAGCGAUUCGGAUUCAGCUGAGGAAGACACAGCUCAGACCGGUGCCACCCCCCAUACAAGUGCCUUCCUGAAGGCCUGGGUGUAUCGCCCAGGAGAGGACACAGAGGAAGAAAACAGCGAUUUGGAUUCAGCUGAGGAAGACACAGCUCAGACCGGUGCCACCCCCCAUACAAGUGCCUUCCUGAAGGCCUGGGUGUAUCGCCCAGGAGAGGACACAGAGGAAGAAAACAGCGAUUUGGAUUCAGCUGAGGAAGACACAGCUCAGACCGGUGCCACCCCACAUACAAGUCCCUUCCUGAAGGCCUGGGUGUAUCGCCCAGGAGAGGACACAGAAGAUGACACAGAAGAGGAAGAGGACAGUGAGAAUGUGGCCCCAGGUGACUCAGAAACAGCUGACUCAAGCCAGAGUCCCUGCCUUCAGCCCCAGCGUUGUCUACCAGGAGAGAAGACCAAGGGACGUGGGGAAGAGCCCCCUCUCUUCCAGGUGGCCUUCUAUUUACCCGGAGAGAAGCCAGAAUCACCUUGGGCUGCACCUAAGCUGCCCCUUCGACUGCAGAGGCGGCUCAGAUUGUUCAAAGCCCCCACCCGGGAUCAGGACCCCGAGAUUCCUCUAAAAGCUCGGAAGGUACACUUCGCUGAGAAAGUCACAGUCCAUUUCCUUGCUGUCUGGGCAGGACCAGCCCAAGCUGCCCGUCGAGGUCCCUGGGAGCAGUUUGCACGAGAUCGAAGCCGCUUUGCUCGACGCAUUGCCCAGGCAGAGGAGAAGCUGGGUCCCUACCUUACCCCUGAUUCCAGGGCCAGAGCAUGGGCACGCCUUAGAAACCCAUCUCUUCCACAGUCCGAGCCUCGCUCUUCCUCUGAGGCCACUCCCUUGACCCAAGAUGUGACCACACCCUCUCCCCUUCCCAGUGAAACCCCUUCGCCCAGCCUGUACUUGGGAGGGAGGCGGGGCUAAGCCUGAGUAGUUUCCUAUUAUUUAUUUAUUUAUUUAUUUGAAUAAGAAAUAAAGCCUUUUAAUUUGUAGUGAUAAA